AUGUUAGCAUCGUUUCAUCAACUCCUGCUCUUUGUAUUAUUGUUUAUAAUUAUCUCAAGUGUUGAACACGGAAGUGCGAGGAUCACAAGUAGUUUUGUUCGUAAUGAAUGGCCAGCUGUUGAUAUGCCUCUCGAUCAUGAAGUCUUCGCCAUUCCUGAAGGCUACAAUGCGCCACAGCAAGUGCGAAUCACGCAAGGAGACUAUGAAGGAAAGGGUGUAAUAAUCUCAUGGGUUACACCAGAUGAAACGGGAUCCAAUAAAGUAGAGUAUGGCAAGUCCAAGAACAAAUAUGAGUUUACCGCUGAAGGGACAGUCACAAACUACACCUUUUACAAAUAUAAGUCUGGUUACAUUCAUCACUGCCUUGUUGACAACCUUGAGUAUGACACAGAGUACUAUUACAAGCUUGGAGCUGGUGAGUCUGCUCGUGAAUUUUGGUUUCAAACACCCCCAAAGAUUGAUCCAGAUGCUCCUUACACUUUUGGAAUUAUUGGUGAUUUGGGUCAAACAUAUAAUUCUCUUUCAACUUUGGAGCAUUACAUGCAGAGUGGGGCACAGGCUGUUCUAUUUGUUGGUGAUCUCUCUUAUGCAGAUAGAUAUAAAUACAAUGAUGUUGGCAUUAGAUGGGAUUCAUGGGGCCGCUUUGUUGAGCGAAGUGCAGCAUAUCAGCCCUGGCUUUGGUCUGCUGGGAAUCAUGAGAUUGAGUACAAGCCAUACAUGGGGGAAGUCACUCCAUUUAGAUCUUAUCUACACAGAAUCGCUACACCUUAUCUCGCUUCAAAAAGCAGCAGUCCACUAUGGUAUGCUGUAAGACGAGCAUCUGCUCAUAUCAUUGUACUAUCCAGCUAUUCUCCAUAUGUGAAAUAUACACUUCAAUGGCAUUGGUUGAGAGAAGAGCUGAAAAGAGUGGAGAGGGAGAAGACACCUUGGCUUAUUGUGAUCAUGCAUGUGCCCAUCUACAAUAGUAAUGUAAAGCACUACACGGAAGGUGAAAGCAUGCGAACUGUUUUUGAGAACUGGUUUGUCAAGGCAAAAAUUGAUUUCAUCUUUGCCGGCCACGUUCAUGCCUAUGAAAGAUCAUAUCGCAUCUCAAAUAUACACUACAAUAUAUCAAGAGGUGACCGGUAUCCAGUACCUGACAAAUCGGCUCCAGUGUAUGUAACAGUUGGAGAUGGAGGAAAUCAGGAAGGUCUUGCUGCAGAGUUUAUAGACCCUCAACCUGAGUAUUCUGCAUUCCGUGAAGCCAGUUACGGUCAUUCUACAUUGGAGAUUAAGAACAGAACUCAUGCAUUCUACCAUUGGAACCGAAAUGAUGAUGGAAAGAAAGUACCAAUUGAUUUUGCAGUAUUCCACAACCGGUAUUGGGCUGGCGGUCAGCAGAGGAGGAGAAUCAAGAAGAAUUAUCUCAAGUCUGUAACAGGAAAUAAUUGAUGAAACCUGUUGAAGUUCAAAUAAUUCGUUCUUUGAAUCCUUUUGCUUAUGUCAACAAGGCAGAUCUCUCGGGUGCUAGUUAAUUUUGUUAGUGGAUUUGCCACCCCAGAUGCAGGGCAAUGAACAAAGACAUAUUUAAUGUCUAGUGAGUCUGCACUGAAUGGUUUUGUAAUGACUCCAUU